AUGGACAACACUUCAGUUACAACCUUCAUAAUGGCUGCAUAUGCUGUUAUGGAAAACUACAAAUAUGUGCAGUUUGCUAUAUUUCUCCUGCUGUAUUUUGUCAUCAUCACUUUGAAUGUACAGCUGAUUGCUAUUAUAUAUAGACACAAAGAAUUGCAUCAGCCCAUGAAUGCAUUCCCAUGCAUUUUAUCCAUCAAUGCAAUAUAUGGUAGUACUGCAUUACUACCUGCAACUUUGAUCAUGCUUACAUCUAAGACAUUUGAAGUCAAUGUGAAAUGGUGUCUGGCUCAAGUCUAUUUUUUACACACAUAUGCAGCAAUUGAAUUUUGUGUUUUAGCUGUCAUGGGAUAUGACAGAUAUGUUGCCAUCUGUUAUCCACUACAUUACCACAGCAUCAUGUCUGUUUCAAGAGUAGGCAGACUUGUUGUGCUUGUGUGCCUGUACCCAGUCAUUGUUUUUCUGCUUUAUUUCUCCCUAACUUUACAGCUGAAGUUUUGUGGAGCAGUCAUACAGAAAUUAUAUUGUGUGAAUAUAGAAGUGGUCAAAAACUCAUGUUCAGGUGCACCUUACAUUAGUAUUGUGGGAUUGGCACUUAUCAUGAUUUUCAUUGUCCCUCAGUUGCUGAUGAUUUUAUUCUCUUACAUACAGAUUCUCAGAGUAUGUAAACAGUUACCAAAAGGAUCUCAAGUUAAAGCUCUUAAAACCUGUAUUCCACAUUUGUUGACUUUGGCAAACUACACCGUUGGAUCCUUAUUUGAGAUUUUUCAAAGUAGAUUUGACAUGAGUCACGUGAUUCCGGAGGCUCGUAUCUUCAUGUCUUUAUAUUUCGUCAUUAUUCCAUCAGUUGUCAACCCAGUGCUAUAUGGCUUGGGAACACAGCUGAUACGAGUCCAUUAUGUGAAACUAUUUUUAGGUAUAAAAGCAGGCACCAGAAAAGAAGAAAGACAGAGGCUGCAGCUUAAGUAG